AUGCUAUCGCACCAGAACACAGAGCAGGCCCUUAGUCACUCGGAUUACUGGGACGAGCAGUAUGCGACAGCAACUGGGGACAAACCGACGCAUGAGUGGCAUCGUAGUUUUAAUCAGCUGGAGUCAUUCUUCCAGAGUUAUCUCUUCCGAAACAGGUCGAAGGAUACGAGGAUUCUGCAUUUGGGAAGCGGGGACAGUAAUGUGCCAUACGACCUUCUAGAACGGGGAUACAGAAAUCAACUCUGCAUCGAUUUCUCUACAGUAGUAGCCAAUCUGAUGAAGUCUCGACAUGCCGAUAAGCCCCAAGUAGCAUGGCAAGUCGGCGACGUGCGAAACAUGAGCGAAAUCGCUCGCAACUCCGUGGAUGUUGUCUUUGACAAAUGCACACUAGAUUGUAUGUCCUACGGCAGCCCAUGGAGUCCACCAAAAGAGGUCCUCGAGAACAGCAGGAUGUAUCUCGGAGAAGUCUGGAGGGUCUUGAAAGAUGACGGCGUCUUUCUUUACGUCACAUACCGUCAGCCCCACUUCGUCAAGCCAAUUCUUAAUUCGCAUGAUGAGUGGGAUCUUGACAUGGAAGUCCUAGGUGGAGGAGGGGGAACCUUCCACUACUUCGGCUUCAUCCUCAAGAAGCACAGCACAGGUUCCGGCUGA